AUGUCUUUUGUCAAGAACAUACUAUUAGGAGGUGUAAAGACAAGUGAGGACCCAACAGGAGUCACCAAUGAGAACACAGAAAAUCGUGAAUCGAAUUCAACGAGUCAUAAAGAACCAAUAGUACAAACUACAUUUUAUCCAAGAACUUUAUACAAGUUUAACGGUCAUGAUGACGAAAAAAUAUAUAUUGCAAUCAAAGGAAAGGUUUACGACUGCAGUGCAAGUAGACAAUUCUAUGGUCCUAGUGGCCCAUAUUCAAACUUUGCAGGUCAUGAUGCUUCAAGAGGUUUAGCUACUAAUUCCUUUGACAUAGAAAUGAUAUCUAGUUGGGACCGGCCGAUAGAUGAUUUAUCGGACUUAUCGGCCCAGGAGUUGGAAGCGUUGGACAGCUGGGAAUCACAUUUCGAAAGAAAGUACCCUUGCAUAGGAGUAUUGGUACCAGAACCUGGUGUCAACAUUUAA